AUGAGUAGUGAUACAUCAACAGCCUGUUGCGUCGAUCCAGGUACAAAACAAAGUGGUUCAGUCACUGGUAAAGUUGAACAAAUUUGUGAUGUUCCCACGUAUGUAACUGGUUCUGGUCAACCAGCUAUUGUGGUAUUCACUGAUAUAUUUGGCUUUGGCUUUAUCAAUAUUCGUCAAGUCGCCGAUGAAUACGCCUCCUCCAAUUUUACGGUUUACAUUCCAGAUUUAUUUAACGGUGAUCCAAUGAAUCACAAUGAUACUAAUUUGAUGGAUAAAUUGCCAGCGUGGAUACAAAAACAUCCUCCACUAGAAUCACGGGCAUUCGCCGAUAAAUUUAUUGCAGCUAUCGAACAGAAACAUCAGUCAAUCCAGGUUGUCGGGUUUUGUUAUGGUGCCACACCUGUCGUUCAUAUUUGCAAACAAGACAAAUCCAAGGUAAAAGCUGGUGUUGUCGCACAUCCAUCAUUUAUCCAAGAAGAAGAAGCCGAAAAAAUUCAGCGUCCCAUGUUGUUCGUUUGUGCUGAACAAGAUCAACGUUUUACGCCCGAAUUACGUCAACAUUACGAACAAGUAUUAACUAAAAAAGCCUUGGGCACGUUCAUCGAUUAUCCAGGAACAGUGCACGGUUUUGCUGUUCGAACUCAGGAUACGGACCAAGCGAAAGAACAAAAGAAAAAGGCAACAAAAGACACAAUUGAAUUUUUUAAGAAACACGCCUAG